GAGCGGGAGGGGCCCAGGGCUUCGUUCUUCUCCUACAACCAGGAUGACCGGGGUGAGCGGUCCAAGGAGGAAGCACGCAGGUUGUCCACGGAGGUCGGAACGGCGUGGGGUGCCCUGGGACGAGUUACAGAUGUUUUAGAACCGUCGUCGUGACUGCUUAGAACUGAGCUGAGGAAGUAAACCGGAGCCGUUAAACUGCCGUGCUACCUCUCCAGCCUAAUAACACGCCCGCCCCCACGCCCGAGACAGCGGGCUCUGUGUGGCCCUGGCUGUCCUGGAACUCGCUCUGUACACCAGGCUGGCCUCGAACUCCGAAUUUGCCCCCGCCUUCCGAGUGCUGCGAUUAAAGGCGUGAGCCACAACCGCGCAGCUACAAAAACGAAAACAAACGAAACCACCACUUUAAAAAAGCAGUUUUCUUGUCAAUUCAACAGCCAAUAACGACGGGAGGCCGGGAAGAGGGCCCAGGCCACAGCCCCGCCCACCGCCUUGCGGCUCUCCCGCGGCCAAAAAGCGCUCCGUGCCGCAGAGCCUCCGGCCGCCAGGGGGCGCCCGCCGCGCGCCUGCCUCUCUGGCCCAAGCGGCGAGCGAGCGGAAGAUAUCCCAGGGUUCCGCGCGGCGCCGUUCUUCCUGUCUCGGCCGCCAUCGGAGAGCAGCAGCCAUGGCCCUGCGCUACCCCAUGGCCGUCGGCCUCAACAAGGGCCACAAGGUGACGAAGAACGUCAGCAAGCCGAGGCACAGCCGGCGCCGCGGGCGCCUCACCAAGCACACCAAGUUCGUGCGAGACAUGAUCAGGGAGGUGUGCGGCUUCGCCCCGUACGAGCGGCGCGCCAUGGAGCUGCUCAAGGUGUCUAAGGACAAGCGCGCGCUCAAGUUCAUCAAGAAGAGGGUGGGCACGCACAUCCGCGCCAAGAGGAAGCGGGAGGAGCUGAGCAACGUGCUGGCAGCUAUGAGGAAGGCGGCGGCCAAGAAGGACUGAUGCCCCCUCCCCCAAUAAACGUUGUGCCGCACA